AUGUCCAAUCAACUAAUUGUAACAAUGGUAUUAUUGUGGUGCGCGGGUUUAGAAGGAUCACAGCAACUCUUCGAUGAUAAUUUCCGAUAUUAUAACAUCGGGGUUUUGAUGGCAUCUCAUUUGGAUUCGCCUUUCGAUCUUGAAAGAUGCGGGCCUGCGGUUGAUAUGGCUUUAGAAGAGAUCAACGACAAAUUUUUAGCACAACACGGGAUCAAACUCAAAAAAGUCCAAGAAAGCUACCCUUCGUGCAGUGGCGUUCGUGCCCCCGGUCUGGCUGCCGACAUGCACUUCAAAUCGGAUGUAAUUGCAUUUGUGGGGCCCGCUUGUUUGUUUGCCCUUGAACCUGUUGCUCGCUUGGCGGCUUACUGGAACACUCCCAUUAUCACAGGAAUGGGCGAUCAGCCGCCCUCGGAAGGGGAACUCUCGGUAACUUCCGGAAUUCUGGGCCGGUUGCAGAAGUGGAACAAGAGCGACAGUGCCGGGAUCCUGAAGGACAAAAGCAAAUAUCCGACGCUGACCAGGAUGUCCUAUUGUCAAUGCAGGCUCAAGUCCGUUUUUUCAAGCAUUUUUAGGCAGUUUGGGUGGAGACAUAUUGCGCUUAUUUUAGACAGAUCGGAUUUGUUCUCUCUAACUGCUGGAAAAAACCUCGAACACGGCUUAAAAAAAGAAGGACUUCUUACUUUCAUGCGCGAAUUAGACGGGAACGACAACGAAUCCAUCGAUAACUAUCUCCGUGAUGCUAGCAUGUAUGCCAGAGUUGUGAUUCUAAGCGUCCGUGGAACUCUUGUACGAAAAUUCAUGCUUGUGGCUCACUCCCUUGGUAUGACUAAAGGCGACUGGACCUUCCUCGAUGUUGAAAUAUUUCAAGGAUCAUACUGGAAGGACCACGACUGGGAAGCAGGAGAUAGCAACGAUGCAGCUGCUAGAAAAGCAUACGAAGCACUUCUCCGAGUGUCUUUACUACAACCUACAAGCGACCAAUUCCAAGAUUUCUCCGAUAAAGUGAAAGAAAAAGCACUGAAAGAUUACAACUAUACGAUCAGUGAAAGAGAAGAAAUUAAUUUUGUUAUUGGGGCUUUUUAUGAUGGGGUGUAUUUGUUGGGAAUGGCACUGAACGAAACCUUGACCGAAGGUGGGGAUAUUAGAAAUGGAAUAAACAUUACGACGAGAAUGUGGUCGAGGGAUUUUCAUGGUAUUACUGGUCAUGUGCGUAUUGAUGAUAACGGUGACAGAGACGCCGAUUAUUCGGUCUUAGACUUGGACCCCAUCACAGGAAAAUUCGAAGUGGUGGCACACUACUAUGGAGUUCACAAACGCUACUCUCCAGUCACUGGAAAAAAGAUUCAUUGGCCUGGUGGUCGUGAAGGGGCCCCACCAGAUGUUCCACGAUGUGGCUUUAUGAAUAAUGACCCGGAAUGUCGAAAUCACGAAACCUACGUGAUAAUUCUCUACGGAUCUUUUGCACUUGGGGUCUUUCUAGCCCUAAUUAUCACAUUCACCUGCGUUUGUAAUAAACAAAUGAAAAUCGCUGCCGACCUCAACAACAUGUCCUGGAGAAUCCGCCCUGAAGAAGUAAUUCUAGAAACGGGUAAAUCAGCGUUUGGUUCUAAACUAGCCCUUCAUAAACUAACAGAAUCAUAUGGACUUAGAAGUGGCCGCGCUUCCAUUACUUCCACUAACUCACUUCAAACAAAAAUUUUUACCACUGUGGGCAUCUAUAAAGGAAGUCGUGUCGCUAUUAAAAAAAUCUCAAAAAAGAAAGUCGACAUUAAUAAAAAACUUCUUUGGGAAAUCAAACAGGUUCGAGACGUCACUCAUGAAAACACGGUGAGGUUUCUGGGGGCGUGUAUCGAGUGUCCUACUGUGCUUAUUCUUACCGAAUAUUGCCCCAGAGGGAGUCUGAAAGAUGUGUUAGAGAAUGAGGAAAUUCAACUCGACUGGAACUUUCGAAUGUCUCUUAUUCAUGAUGUUGUUAAAGGGAUGAGUUAUUUGCACAGUUGCGAAGUUUCAGUCCAUGGAAAACUGCGGUCGUGUAAUUGCCUCAUUGAUGGCCGCUUUGUCCUAAAAAUUUCUGACUUCGGGUUAACAACACUGACAACUCCACAGCAAGUCGAAAAAAAUGCCGACUAUUACAAAAAAAUGUUAUGGGUGGCACCUGAACUUCUUCCCCUGACAAUCGUUCCAGGCACUCCAGCAACACAAAAAGGGGACGUUUACAGUUUUGGUAUUAUUUUAGAAGAGAUAAUAGUCCGUGGAGGUCCUUACGAAGCCGCUCGCCAAUUUCUAGAAGCUCAUGAAAUCAUCGCAAGAGUCGCAACUCGUGAAAAUCCACCAUUUCGCCCAGCUGUCAGUUGCAGAGACUGUCCAGAGGACCUUUUAGAACUGAUGGAACGCUGCUGGAGCGACAAUCCGGAAGACCGACCGACUUUUGAUUCCAUUAAAAUAACUCUUCGCACCAUCAUGAAGGGAUUUUGUGAGAACCUCAUGGACGACUUAUUGAGACGUAUGGAACAAUACGCCAACAACCUGGAGGCUUUAGUUGGCGAAAAAACCGAACAACUCAGCCAGGAGAAGAGACGUUCGGAGGAACUUCUUUACCAAGUUCUUCCCCGACCUGUAGCCCAACAACUCAUGGCAGGAGAGAUAGUCCAGCCAGAGCAAUUUGAAUGUGUCACCGUUUAUUUCAGCGAUAUUGUCGGCUUUACGGCGCUUUGUGCCAAAAGCUCUCCCAUGGAAGUCGUCGAUUUUCUCAACGACUUGUAUAGCACUUUCGACAGGAUCAUAGGAUCUUAUGAUGUUUACAAAGUCGAAACGAUAGGAGAUGCUUACAUGGUAGUGUCUGGACUCCCAGAACGAAACGGAGACUUCCAUGCGAAGGAAAUAGCACUUCUGUCUUUAGCUAUUUUGGACGCUAUUCGUUGUUUCAGCAUUCAACAUAACCCCGACUACCAGUUAAAAGUCCGAAUUGGGAUUCAUUCAGGGCCGGUUUGUGCCGGAGUUGUGGGUCAACGCAUGCCUCAUUAUUGUCUUUUCGGAGAUACUGUGAACACAGCCAGCAGAAUGGAGAGCACUGGACAACCUUUGAAAAUCCAUGUCAGCGAGAUUACAAAAAAUAUUUUGGACAAAUACGGAACGUUCAAACUCGAAUUGAGGGGCGAGGUUGAGCUGAAAGGUAAGGGGUUUGUUACGACGUACUGGCUUUUGGGAAGUACUGAACCUGUAGCCAGGCCUCCUUCGCCCAUGGUUACAGCGGACCAAGACACUAAUCCAUAUCCACUAAUUUUUAUGGGAAAUUAAUGUGUGGUAAUAAAUUAA